CUCAGUAAACAGGUUGCCGGGGCUGUAACAGAAGGCUGUUGCAGAAGGCUGCCACCGUUGGCUGUGUGCUGAAGCGCCGUGCUUUUGCCCACUGCACAACAGGUAAAAAAGAAAGGGGUUUUGCCUCCUCCGUCACUGCAUUUCUUUGCAGAGGAAAGUUGCGGCUGCUGAUUUCAGCUUCUUAAAGGUAGAGGGACCCCUGACCAUUAGGUCCAGUCGCAGACGACUCUGGGGUUGCGGCGCUCAUCUCACUUUAUUGGCCGAGGGAGCCGGCGUACAGCUUCCGGGUCAUGUGGCCAGCAUGACUAAGCCGCUUCUGGCAAACCAGAGCAGCGCACAGAAAUGCCGUUUACCUUCCCACCGGAGUGGUACGUAUUUAUCUACUUGCACUUUGACAUGCUUUUGUGUUUUUUUAAAAAAUAUUUAUUAAGAAUUUCAAAAAAAAUUGCAAAAAAAUAUAGAAAGGAAACACAAUAAAAAAUUAACAAACAUACAUUACAAUACAUCUAAGAUAAAGAAAAAACAUAAACAACAAAGCAGCAAAAAAGAGAAAAAACAUUAAAACACAUCCAAUAUUUCAUAACUUUACCUUUCAUUUACUUGUUUCAUCGACCUCCUCACACCUCCCUUUUGGUAUUCUAGUUCAAUUAACUAUUUCAGCAAAUUCUUUCCAUCUUUCUCAAUUUUUUCCUGUAAUAUAUCUUAACAGUCUAACCUUUAAUUUUUUCAUUUUGGCCCACUAUCAAUCAGCUUUUACUUAAUUCUUUAUAACAUUUCUGCUAAAACCAUAUAACUUCAUUCCAACAUCCUUCUAACAUUCAUUGAUUUGCACUUUGACAUGCUUUUGAACUGCUAGGUUCGCAGGAGCAGGGACCGAGCAACGGGAGCUCACCCCAUCGCGGGGAUUCGAACCUCCAACCUUCUGAUUGGCAAGCCCUAGGUUCUGUGGUUUAGCCCACAGCGCCACCCGCAUCCCUUUCAGCUUCUUAUUCAGCUGUAAAAGAGCCAAAAAUAGGCACAGUGCCACGCAUGCAAUUAGCACUUGUAUGAAUUGCUGUUUUUAAAGUCAUUAGGAAACUCAAGGCCCCACAGUAUGGAUUGGGAGCCCAGCCUGAAGGGUACAGGGAGCUUUAACCCUCCGAUCCCCACUGUGUUCCCCUUGUCUGCUAUUGGCAACAGAAUCAGUUACUCUGAGCAGAGUAGUGAGAAUGUCACCAACCACCAGCUAACCUUUGGCCUCUUUCAUUAGAGAAGGAGCCGAACAUACGAGGAGGCCAUUGGUGUCACAUCAAAUUCUAGCCUUUCAUCCCAAUCAACUCAGUAAAUCAGCCGAAAUGUCUUCCACUGGAUCAUGGCUUCUGUGCAUUCCCCUCUUCCACAGCAACAUGAAUCAAUAUGAGCCACUUACUACACAAGGCUAAAAGGUCAUUCUGGUUUUUAUUUUUUAGAAGGCUCAGAUGCAAGUUUCUAGCCUUCAUGUUUGCAGAGGUAAGUUUGAUGGUUGUGCGUCUGAAGGAUUCAGUAACCCAGGAGGCAAAGGGUGGCGGGGGAAGAGAGAAGCUCAUUUGCAGAUCUCGUUAUUUUUGUUUAUUUCUUGAUUUCUAAGGGUUGAUUUAUUAUUUUGAACAUUCAGACAGUCUGGGUCAGCCGAGGAACUAUGAUUAUGGUUUCAAAGCUGAGCUUUCAAAUUACUCGAAAUGUACAAAGGUCAUAUUGCCUCAAAUGAGCUUUUCUCAUGUAUAUUUGGGAGUGAGCACUUUCCUCUGGCGACUGAAUGUAAACGGAGACUAAUGAUAAUGCACCACUUCAGAAAUUGCACAGAGAGCAUCGCACUGUCAACUAUAUUAUGCUACUGAUAAAGUUCCAUGAUUACAGGAUUGAUAGAUUAAUUUUUGUCAACAUAACACGGCAAACUAGUUUUAUGUUCUGCUUUCACCAUGAUUAACUAUAAAUCCAAGUCCAGCAUUUUAAGCAAUGAAUUUUGAAUUUGAGUCAAAAGGCAGGGGAGGGAGAUCACAGAUAAUAGGAUGGUCAAUGUUUCAGUCAGCUUUUUUAGCUGUGCCUUUCACAAUGGCUCUAUAAGUAGGAGUUCACAGGGAAAACCUUUCUCAGCAGAAAGAGAAAUGUCAUCACCUGACUGCCAAGCUACAUCGAAAAUCACUGUUGCAGCUGAUUGAAAAGUCAGCAAUCCACAGACUAACCUUCCAAAGAAUGUCCCUGAUCAUUAUGAUUACCUCACUAAUUGCUGCGAAAAUAAAGGUAAAGGUAAAGGACCCCUGGACGGUUAAGUCCAGUCAAAGGUGACUAUGGGGUGCAGCGCUCAUCCUGCUCUCAGGCCGAGGGAGCCACCAUUUGUCCACAGACAGCUUUCCAAGUCAUGUGGCCAGCAGGAUUAAACCGCUUCUGGUGCAACGGGACACCGUGACGGAAACCAGAGCGCACAGAAACGCCGUUUACCUUCCCGCCGCAGCGGUACCUCUUUAUCUAGUUGCACUGGUGUGCUUUUGAACUGCUAGGUUGGCAGGAGCUGGGACAAAGCAACAGGAGCUCACUCCAUUGAGGGGAUUCGAACAGCCAAUCUUUUGAUUGGGAAGCCCAAGAGGCUUAGUGGUUUAGACCACAGCUCCACCCACAUCCCAAAUAAACAAGCACAUAAUCGAUAAUAGGUCCACCUGCCAUUGUGAGACUCAAAGCAAUGAAGAUGAUGCCUCCCCACCUGUUGCCAUUGGCUGUGGGUUUCUUGUGAUGUCACAAAAGCACUUGGCAACUGAGUGGAUAUAAAGGCAGGCCAAGGGGAAAGCCCUUUUCUAUUUCCAGCAGGACACACCUGGCAAUGGAUGUGACAUUCAGCACUGCCCAGGUUUCUUCCACUUGGAGGAGGCAAAGUGGUGAAUGGAAGGAGGCAAUCCUCUGGCAGGGGGAUGCUAGGGAGCGAUAAUAAGGCAAGUUUGCUUGCUUGAAGGUAUAUGUGAUUAGAAGCUGGCGGAUGUCUCAUGAUGGACCUAACAGUAGCUUCUGGCACCUUUUGGACCUCCAUCUCUAAUGUCUGAGGUAAAGGUAAAGGGACCCCUGGCCGUUAGUUCCAGUCGUGGCCGACUCUGGGGUUGCGGCACUCAUCUCGCUUUACUGGCCAAGGGAGCCGGCAUACAGCUUCCAGGUCAUGUGGCCAGCAUGACUAAGCCGCUUCUGGUGAAGCAGAGCAGCACACGGAAACACCAUUUACCUUCCCACCGGAGUGGUACCUAUUUAUCUACUUGCACUGGCGUGCUUUCAAACUGCUAGGUUGGCAGGAGCUGGGAGAGAGCAACGGGAGCUCACCUAGUCGCGGGUUUUUGAACCGCUGACCUUCUGAUUGGCAAGCCCAUGAAAAUAGUUGGAAUAUCAACAGGUGAAGCUUUUUCCAGCAAUUAGAGGCUUCAGCAUGGGGGUAGCCUAGAUUUUUGUUAGGGGGACAGGCCUUUUGUUGGGGGGGCAGAACCUCAGUUUGCUAUGUAUUUUUUAUUGAUUUUUAUUGAUUUAGGGGGACAGCUGUCCCUCCCUGCCCCCCCCCCCUUGGCUACACUCAUACUGUAUACCUGAAGGAGCAUCUCCACCCCCAUCGUUCAGCCCGGACACUGAGAUCCAGCGCUGAGGGCCUUCUGGCGGUUCCCUCAUUGCGAGAAGUGAGGUUACAGGGAACCAGACAGAGGGCCUUCUCGGUAGUGGCACCCGCCCUGUGGAACACCCUCCCUUCAGAUGUGAAGGAAAUAAGCAGCUAUCUUCUCUUUAAAAGACAUUUGAAGGCAGCCUUGUUUAGGGAAGUUUUUAAUAUUUAAUGCUGUAUUGUUUUUAACACUUGAUUGGAAGCCGCCAAGAGUGGCUGGGGAAACUCAGCCAGAUGGGUGGGGUAUAAAUAAUAAAUUAUUAUUAUAUUCAUUUCUUGUUUUCUGCCUGUUUGCAGGUGCUAAUGAUAUGCAACCUUCAUCUAUUAAACAGGAAAAGAUGAGUAACAUGGUAGCCCCUGAUCCCUGAGUUGAGAGGUUAUUGUCCCCUGUAACAUACCCCUUUUGCUUGUUUGGAUAACCCAGAGAAAAUCUUGCCCUCUCAAAUAAUUGUGAAAGUAUAACUAUGAGGCUGUUGUAUCUUAAUGACCUGGAAGCUGUACGCCGGCUCCCUCGGCCAAUAAAGCGAGAUGAGCACCGCAACCCCAGAGUCAUCCGCGACUGGACCUAACGGUCAGGGGUCCCUUUACCUUUUAAUAUAGAUAUUAGCCAACUGCAGACUUGGUUUUUUUUUCCCCCUUAUGGACCAACACAGAUCCCUUUGUUAUUACAAAAUAAAAAAAUUCCUUCCAGUAGCACCUUAGAGACCAGCUAAGUUUGUUAUUGGUAUGAGCUUUCGUGUGUAUGCACACUUCUUCAGACACCAGACUGUUAUAAUUAAAUGUAAAGGUAAAAAUUCAUAAUUACACCCAUGUUGUGGGUAUUUUCCAUGGCGGGGAAGCAUGCAUUGCAAAAGGAGGUGAUGGAUUAGCAAUGAAACUCACAGUGCCAUCUGCUGACUGAAGAUGGUUAAUGCUUUGAUGGGUCACAUACAUAAAUAUGACACUGGAACAGUAUAGCCAAUGGACAGGUUAUAAUGGCAGCUGUAGUCAGCACCACACCUGCUAUAGAUCAUAGUCACAACUUACAGAAACGACAGGACGUAUAUCCUCCAAAUAAGUAAGGGUUUCCUCUGUAUAUUGGAAUUCUGCAUCUCACAGGCUUUGCAUUUUCAGCACAUGUACUCACAAUUCCCAGUGUGUAAAAUGGGGUUUAUUCCCAGGUAAGUGUGCAGAGCAUUGUAGCCUAAAUUCCCACAGAACACUCUGGGAACUAAGUUUUGCUAGUUUGGCAAAAAUGAUCAGCAGAAUCAGAAAUCAGGAAGACCAAAGGAAUGGGGAAAUUUUAUAAUUUACCCGAAAAACCAUUGUUAAAAACAGUUAAAAUCAUUAGUAGGAUUGGAAUAACACCUGUAGUCUAAUGGUGAAUUUUGGAUAUAAUGGAGAUGUAAAAGAUUUGGAUUAUUAUAAAAGAUGCAGGAGGAAAUGAUUAAUAAUAAGACCCACAAAGGGGAGGAGAAAAGUCCAGGAGAUUCUUUGGAAUUUUGUUUUUAUGUUGUAUGUUGGAUAUGUGAUUGUAAAAUACUAAUUUGAAAAAACAAAUGAAUAAAUUUAUAAUAAAUAAAUAAAUUUUGCUAGCUUGAGUGCCCUCACACAUUCUGACAUGCUUUCAAGUGCCUUUCAAGGUAGAAGUGAUAUCAUAAAAGAUUUUAAAAUUAUCUGUGGCAUGGAGAAAUUGGAAGUAUCAAAGUUUUUCUCCCUCACUCAAAACACGUGAAUUCAUGAACAUCUGGUGAAGCUUCGUGAUGGAUAAAAGAACAUGCUUCUUCACACAGGAACUAUGGAACUGGCUCCAAAGGAAGCAGUUGAUGGCCACCAAUUUGGGUGGCUUUCAAAGAGCACAGUGGUACCUUGGUUCUCAAACGCUUUGGUUCUCAAACUCCAAAAACUUGGAAGUGAGUGUUCCAGUUUUCAAACGUUUUUCGGAAGCUGAACAUCUGAUGCAGCUGUUGGCUAUUGUUUCUGGGGCACCUGCACCAAUCAGAAGCUGCGCCUUGGUUUUCGAACAUUUUGGAAGUCAAACAGACUUCUGGAAUGGAUUAAGUUUGAGAACCAAGGUACCACCGUAUUUGGCGCUUUUGUUUUUGCUAUUUAUUUUGCAUUUUUGUUUUUUAGGCUUUUUCGGUUAAUUUGUUUUUGUGACUGUGUGGAACCCAGUUCAGCUACUGAUUGAUUGAUGGUGUGACUGCGGAAAUGGAUAAAAGCCCCCCAUCCAAAUAAUGACUAUCAUCAGUGCAGGUAAGGAAAAAAUAAUGAUUUUGAUUUUUAUCAUCUACAAUACUGUCUUGUUUAUUUUAUAGUACAAUACAUUGAUUGUUGCUUUCAUUUUAUGGAUCAAUGGUCUCGUUAGAUAGUAAAAUUCAUGUUAAAUUGUUGUUUUCGGGGUUGUUUUUCAAAACUCUGGAAUGGACUAAUCCGUUUUGCAUUACUUUCUAUGGGAAAGCGCACCUUGGUUUUGGAAGGCUUUGGUUUUGGAACGGACUUCCGGAACGGAUUAAGUUUGAGAACCAAGGUGUGGCGUUCGUACGGAGCCCCAAAUCGUCUCAUGGACUAUUGACCCGUACACCACUAAUCCGCUGCCACCAACCAGGUCCUCCCUGGUAAAAUCACUUCAGUCUCAGUCAACUUUUCAAUUAAUAAAGAGGAGUGUAUUUUAUUUCAGACACAAACAAAACUUUUACAGCAUUCCAAACGUUGUUGCUCUUUAUUUUCUUAGUCUUAUUUUCCUCUCUCUAUCUCUUCUACCUCCCCACACUCAAGAACCCACCGCCCUAUCUGUCUCUUUAUUCCCAACUGCUUCUUCAACUGCCUUUCCCAACCAGCCAACCCACUAAAACCAACCAACUGCCCACCAACAACUCCCAACGAACUCCUCCCAGAACUCCUCCCAGAUCUAGUUUUAUAGACCCACUGACUCCACCCCCCUGGGUCCUUUCUGUGCAACCUAGUUAACUAUUUCCCCUCCAGCACUCUCUCAUCUAUGUUAACAUCACACAAGGUACCACUGUACUAGAUAAAUUCAUAGAGGAGAGGUCUAUCAACGACUACUAACCAUGACGGCUGUGAUCUAUCUCCAUGGCUGGAGACAGUAAUGCUGUUGGACCAUAUUCUUCCGGUACAUAGCGCUUCUAUUCCAUCAUUCCAAGUCCUGGAAACAUCAUUGACAGACCAGCUAUCAAAAGGCGGAGGUAAGCAAACUGGAUAUACAGUGGUGCCUCGCAAGACGAAAUUAAUUCGUUCCGCGAGUUUUUUCGUCUUGCGGUUUUUUUCGUCUUGCGAAGCACGGUGUCAGAAAAGCUUUGGAAAAGCUUCAAAAAUCACCAAAGUCUUCAAAAACCUCAAAAAAGGCUACCACACCGCGUGCUAUGAGUUGCUCCUCGAAGUCAAGUCGCAACUGUAUUAACGGUUUUAAGAAAAAGGAAACAAACUUGCAAGACGUUUCCAUCUUGCGAAGCAAGCCCAUAGGGAAAAUCGUCUUGCAAAGCAACUCCAAAAACCAAAAACCCUUUCAUUUUGCGAGUUUUCCAUCUUGCGAGGCAUUCGUCUUGCGAGGUACCACUGUACUUUGAUUCUUUUAUACAUGGGGAGGCCAUUAUGUUCCAUGAGCCAUUAACUCCUUCCAUCAGCCAUUAACUCCUCAACUCCUCUACGCCUCAAACUUCUGGUUCAAUGGCUCAUUCCCCAGGUUCGCUGGCUUCCAGGCAAAGUUUCUCUGGUCCCUCCUACAAGUUCCAAAUUGUGUUCCAAAUGCAAUAGUAUUUUUAGAAACAGGUGAAUGUCCUUUAUCAACUAAAGCAUGGUGGGCUGCCCUGAGAUACUGGCUCAAGAUCUCAGUCUUUGGCCUAGGGAAGGGGUUACUUCCAUACCUAAACAACGAGGAGUUUACCAGCUCAUGGAUGAAAAUUAUGGUUAGAAAAACCACUUCGAUUGGUUGCCACCUUCCCUCCUGUACCAACUGGGGUAUGAUACCGCCCUUGAAUCUCUGAGGCAAAGGCUCUGAGACAUAUCGCAUAGUGAUCUCCGAUCUCAAUCUCAUGUUAUCUGUGGCCCAUUGGCAGUAGGAAUCCACUAUGGGUUCAAGUUUCAGACACCUGCAUAUCUUAGAAAUUUGUCUGUACCAACAUACUGGCAUCUUUUCACCAAAGCCAGAUUAAAUAUCUCCAUCAGAAGUGUUGAACAGCAGACUGAGAGGUAUCCCUUAUCAGAAUAGGAUCUGUGUGUGCUCUCAGGAUGUCGACUGCAUGAGGCAUAUUUAAUUGCAUUGUGGACAAUAUGAUCAAGCGAGGGAACUAUUGAUUAAACCACUAUUGGCAAAUCGGCCGGGUCAAUCUGAAUCCUACUAUAUCAAAUAUCUUCUGGACGACAAGUCCAGCGAUACCACAGUGGCCGUGGCAAAGUUUCUUUCCGUAGUCAUAUGAAUCAAAGAUCAACAUACCCAUGACUAAACAAAUAACGCUUCAGUCUUCCUUCCCUGGGGGGUUGUCUAGAUGAGUCUGUAUUUUAUUCUGUAUCUAUCUUAUGGGUCGUUGGACUGCAAUAAAGGUUAUUAUACGCGGGUGGUGCUGUGGGUUAAAACACAGAGCCUAGGACUUGCCGAUCAGAAGGUCGGCGGUUCGAAUCCCCGCGACAGGGUGAGCUCCCGUUGUUUGGUCCCAGCUCGUGCCCACCUAGCAGUUUGAAAGCACGUCAAAGUGCAAGUAGAUAAAUGGGUACUGCUCUGGUGGGAAGGUAAACGGCGUUUCCGUGCGCUGUUCUGGUUCGCCAGAAGCGGCUUGGUCAUGCUGGCCACAUGACCUGGAAGCUGUACUCUGGCUCCCUCGGCCAAUAAAGCGAGAUGAGCGCUGCAACCCCAGAGUCAGCCACGACUGGACCUAAUGGUCAGGGGUCCCUUUAGCUUUAAUGCUGCUGAAUACCACUUUCUGGAAGUCACAUGAGUGUUCUUGUGCUUGGGUUCUGCUUGAGAGUUUCCCAUGGUACAUCUGGUUGCCCCUGUGAGAACAGGACUGGAUGAGUCCUUAGCCUGAUCUAGCAGGCUCUUCUUAGGCAGGGGUCCCCAACCUGUGGCCCACGGAGGCCAUUUAACCGGCCAAUGAGCCACCCCUGAACCAAGCUGCCCGCUCAGCGAGUCUCCACGCGCUGCGCUGAACUAGUGCACAUGGGGACUCUCUUACGCGGCUCCGGAAAUCACUUCUGCGCAUGCCCAGACACUGGAAAUCGCUUCUGUGCAGGCAUGGUUUUUGGCAUCUGGGCAUGCACAGAAGCCAUUUUCAGCGCUGCAGACAUGCGCAGAUGUGAUUUCCGGCGUCUCGCUGCGCUGGUCCGUCCCACAGAAGAUCUCCACGGGAGUGAUCCGGCCCAUGCCCGGUAAGCCUUGCCGAUCCCUGUUCUUAGGUAAUACAGUGGUGCCUCGCAAGACAAAAUUAAUUCGUUCCGCGAGUUUUGUCGUCUUGCGAUUUUUUUCGUCUUGCGAAGCACGGUGUCGGGAAAGUUUUGGAAAAGCUUCAAAAAUCACCAAAGUCUUUAAAAACCUCAAAAAAGGCUACUCGAAGUCAAGUCGCAACUGUAUUAACGGUGUUAAGAAAAAGGAAACAAACUUGCAAGACGUUUCCGUUUUGCGAAGCAAGCCCAUAGGGAAAAUCGUCUUGCGAAGCAGCUCAAAAAACGAAAAACCCUUUCGUCUAGCGAGUUUUUUGUCUUGCGAGGCAUUCGUCUUGCGAGGUACCACUGUAUAUCUGAAGAAGGUUUAUACUCUCUGAAAUCAAGCCUGCUUUUGCAAUAAGCAAGCCAAUCCCUGCAGUGCAACUAUGGAUGAGUUCACACAAGCAUAUUCACCACCUCAUUUCAAAAUCACAAGCUUCCUCGCAUGUGUUAAACAGCUACCACAAAUCAGACACCAUGGAGGGAUGGUGUUUGUAUCACCCGGCAUAACCUCCAAUAAAAUGCCUUUUUAACAGAGGUGGGUCAAUAGGGGGUGAAAGAGAAGUUUUAAAAUGUGGGGUUUUGGGGGGGGGUUCCAUUGGGCGGUUGUUUUUAUUUUGAUUAUGUAAUUUGUGGUUUUAUAUUUUGAUUUUAUUCUGUAAACUGCCCUGAGACCUCCGAGUAUAGGGUGGAAUAAUAAUAAUAAUAAUAAUAAUAAUAAUAAUAAUAAUUAAUAAUAAUAAGGAAAUGAAUCAAUUUGCUAAAGGCUGUGUGUGUUGUCAUGUCACUAAAGAGCUUGCCAUAUCAAUAACAAGAUCUAAAUGAGAGCCUUCCAUUAAAUAUAUUGCUUUUUGGUCUGUCACACAAAUAUUACAAUAAAGAAAGGGAGGGAAGGAGGGAGGGAGGGAGAUGUGCAUGGUAAUUACAAAAGGUAAUUACAGGUGGAGGCAUUGCACUCCAUCAUAUGCGAUGACAAAUUACAGGAAAGAACAGAGAAACCCUCCACAAAGAACUAAUGACUUCUGUCCGUGGCUUAUACAGAGAUGAAACAAUAACUUUAAAAUAAUUAGCAAGAGAGAAGGUAAUGAUGGCAAAAAAAGAGGCCAGUUUACAUGGCACUAAGUGCCUAAUUUGUUGCAGUGAGUUGUCCCAUUAGGGCCGGCAUCAAUCACUGUGAUCUGUAAAUGAGGUUUUAAUACUUCCAACCACAACUGGAAAAAGUUUAAGGCAUUCACAGGUGCCCUGCAAAAUUAAUACGCUCCCGGGGAACUUCAGAAGCUGAUCAUUCUUACCUGGGCUUGUGCGUUCAGAGUAUUAACAUAUUAUCAUAACAGCUCUCCUCAACCCAAGAGUGCACCUUGGUCAAAAGGAUUAUCUAAAAUGUAUUUGUCUCUCUUUUUCCUGCCUCAGUCCAAACCUCUUACAGAAGACUCCAUUUCAUUUUCCCCUCUAGCUCAGUUGAGGAAUAUGCAGGCAGUUGGGGGAAUCCCUAAAACAGACUUAGGGGUUACACAGGGCAAGGGAAGAAAAGAGAGGAAUGUUCCAUUGCUUUUUAACAUAAAUCCUUGCACUAAUGGAACAUUCAUGUAGCAGCACAUCAGACACAAACCUUGGAAUUGCUUUUUUAAAAAAAAAUGUUUUGUAUUUCUGCAAACUUCAAGGUUCCCCUGGACAUAUGGAGACCCUGCUCUCGCGCAUUGGCUGGUGGCAUUUUGGCAACAUAAGAAUGCCACUCUGAGAACGGAGUUCACUAUUGGUACAUUAUUUUCCUUUUAAAAAAUGUAUUUUUUUGCAGUGUUCGUUAUAUUAUAUGCAAUGGAAAAAAGUAAUCACAUGGAGAGAGUCUCUUCAAUUUGACUUUGCUGGAGUGGCUUCUACAGAGCGUGCCAUGAAUAUUACUGUUCACUUAUCAGGUCAAAUCCUGAUUUCAGGUCAACUCAGCUCAAACACAGCACAGUAAGACUGUAGAAGAGAGAAAUACAAAGUGGGGGUAAGAGAAAACUUAACACGGGACGAACCAGAGCUACGUUUUCAAUUUUUUAGCUAUUGGUUCCAGAGGACUAGUGCCUUUAACACUUGAAUGGCAGGCAAAAAAAAAAUAUUAACAAGAGAAUGCAGAUGCUGUGAAAAUGACAUUUUUUGAAUUCAUACCAGUCAUGUCACAGCUAAGGCUGCAAGGAACUCAGGAAAUGGUGGUAUCCCUGCAAAUAUAUCCCUAGGUUAUUCCUGCCAAAUAUCUUGGGCUUGAAAGAAUGUAGAAGACAGAAGGAUUUGUAAGAAAGUUCGGCCCUGGGGAAACUGAAGCUUUUCAGAUGCAAAAUCUCUUUGAACCUUAAGGUUUGGCUGCACCACAAUUGGGUUUCAUCCCUUUGUAAUUGACUUUGGAAGGGUUAACAAAGCUCCAGGACUCAGGAUAUUUCUGCAAAGGAGCUCAAUAACAGCUAUUGCCACUUCCUCAGUGACUUCUCACUGACAGCUUCACACUUAGCAUUGCUUUCAAAUGGUCUGUUAUGCUGCCAGCUCAAGUUAACACCAAGAAGAGAGGCAGAUGUAAGGGAAACCAGCACACAGAAGCUUACAUCUUGGGGUGGGGGGGUGGAGGGGGAGGAUUUUGUUGCUUUCUGAAAGAAAUAAGGCCAAAAAGAAACAGGCAAGGAAACAAAAAGGCACCCCAGAAUCCAUGUUUCUGCCCAAAGCAAAGUUUGCACAAGCAACUGUUUGUAUCUCUCUAAACUCUCUACUGGGACGCGGGUGGCGCUUUGGGUUAAACCACAGAGCCUAGGACUUGCUGAUCAGAAGGUCGGAGGUUCGAAUCCCCGCAACGGGGUGAGCGCCCAUUACUCGGUCCCUGCUCUUGCCAACCUAGCAGUUCAAAAGCACGUCAAAGUGCAAGUAGAUAAAUAGGUACGGCUCCAGCGGGAAGGUAAAUGGCAUUUCCAUGCGCUGCUCUGGUUCACCAGAAGCAGCUUAGUCAUGCUGGCCACAUGACCCAGAAGCUGUACGCCGGCUCCCUCAGCCAAUAAAGCGAGAUGAGCGCCGCAACCCCAGAGUCGGUCAUGACUGGACCUAAUGGUCAGGGGUCCCUUUACCAUUUCCUUUAAACUCUCUACCGAGUUAGCUUGCAAGCAAUUUUGCAUAAUCCUCACAUCCAAGCACAAAACAAAAUAAUACUGGGAAGAUUCCCAUCCACAGACAGCCAUAGUAAUGACUUCAGAUCCUUGUCACUGCUUGGAAAUUAGUUCAAAAUUCAAUUAUGCUCCUUCUGAAAGGUUAGAGGAUACUGUGGUUUUAAAAAAAGGUAAAGGACGAGACUCUUGAGAGUCCCAUGGACUGCAAGAAGAUCAAACGUAUCCAUUCUUAAGGAAAUCAGCCCUGAGUGCUCACUGGAAGGACAGAUCGUGAAGCUGAGGCUCCAAUACUUUGGCCACCUCAUGAGAAGACUCGACUCCCUGGAAAAGACCCUGAUGUUGGGAAAGAUGGAGGGCACAAGGAGAAGGGGACGACAGAGAAUGAGAUGGUUGGAUGGUGUUCUUGAAGCUACCAGCAUGAAUUUGGCCAAACUGAGGGAGGCAGUGGAGGACAGAAGUGCCUGGCGUGCUCUGGUCCAUGGGGUCACGAAGAGUCGGACACGACUAAACGACUAAACAACAACAAAGGACCCAUGGACAGUUAAGUCCGGUCAAGGCAACUAUGGGGUUGCAGCACUCAUCUCGUUUUCAGGCUGAGGGAGCUGCCAUUUGUCUGCACACAGCUUUCCAGGUCAUGUGGCCAGCAGGACUAAACCGGUUCUGGUGUAACGGAACACCGUGACAGAAGCCAGAGUGCACAAAACGCCAUUUACCUUCCCGCCACAGCAGUACCUAUUUAUCCACUUCCACUGGCGUGCUUUCAAACUGCUAGGUUGGCAGAAGCUGGGACAGAGCAAUGGGAGCUCACUCUGGUAAUCUCUGGGAUGCUCUGGUUAUCUCCCGCUUGGACUGGGGCUACCUUUGAAGGUGACCUGGAAACUACAACUAAUCCAGAAUGCGGCAGCUGGACUGGUGACUGAGAGUGGCCACCGAGACCACAUAACACCGGUCCUAAAAAACCUACAUUGGCUCCCAGAAGUUUUCUGAGCACAAUUCAGAGUGCUGGUGCUGACCUUUAAAGUCCUAAACGGCCUUGGUCCUGUAUACCUGAAGGAGCACCUCCACCCCCAUCGUUCUGCACGGACACUGAAGUCCAGCACCGAAGGCCUUCUGGCGGUUCCCUCAUUGCGAGAAGCAAAGUUACAGGGAACCAGGCAGAGGGCCUUCUUGGUAGUGGCGCCCGCCCUGUGGAACAUCAGAUGUCAAAGAAAUAAACAACUAUCUGACUUUUAGAAGGCAGCCCUGUUUAGGGAAGUUUUUAAUGUUUAAUAUUGUAUUUUAAUCUUUGUUGAAAGCCGCCCAGAGUGGCUGGGGUAUAAAUAAUAUUUAUUUUAUUUUUUAUUUUUUUAUUUUUUUAUUAGUCUGUUUCAGGGAUUUGAACUGCUGACCUUCUGAUCAGCAAGCCUAAGAGGCUCAGUGGUUUAGACCACAGCACCACCCGUGUCCCCUAGAGGAUACUGUACAAUGGACAUGAAAUGGCAGAAGCAGUUGUUCACCAUCGAGAAUAGGACUCAUUGCAAUGUUUUGAUGGGAGAAAUGCAGAAGCAGCUGCAACACUUCCUAUUGUCUGUCUGGAUCUGAUUCUUGAGUGUCUGUGUAAUUGUUUACAGCAGAUCAAAUGCCACUUUAUUUAUAAUUGUCAAUUUUCCGGCAAGCCUAGGGAUAAGGUGUAUAUAAGCAUUCCUAAUAAAUAGGAUUGUAGCCAGUUUUAGUUAUACUCAGAGUAGACUCACUGACAUUAACAAACCUAAAGUCUAUUAAGUUUUGUGUGUUCCUUCUCAGCAUUGGACACACCCCACAAUAAAUAUAUUUCUCAUCAUCAGAAAUCCCACAUGCUGCUAUCCUUCCCACCGGGGGCAGGCUGUUGUUGGAGAUACAUCAGUGACUUUUUUUAUUGCAGGCAUGAAAAAAGGAAAGCAGUUACAGAUAACAAAAAGAAGAGAGAUCAUCCGCUUUGGUUCAUCAAAGUGAGGACCACUCAUCAGGAUGAUGGGGGACAGCAGCAGGAGGCCCCAAAGAUUGUUAAGCCCUUAAACUAUGAUGUGCAGUUGAGGAAUACAGGCAGCCAAUGGAAUAAAAGAACAGUGUGUGGUUUUGAAAGAGAGGAAAAGAUACAAUUGGCCCAGAGCUUUGGAAGAUUACCCAGCUAAUCUUACUUCUCCAUCCUUCUGUUUCGUUAGUGAGUCAGCAAAUUGUCAAAACCCCCAAGUGAAACGCUUGCUCCCAUUCUAAGGGGUUGUGUUUCAUUAUUUCUAAAAUCCCAUGUUGUGAUUUUCGGAUCAUAGCAGAGCCUCCUGACAAAGCUCCUCCAAUAGUCAUUGAACUUUUCCCUCGAUGGCUCAGAAGAUGGGCUGAUCCUCUUGUGUCCUCAGCUAUAGUUCUAAGUGGAAGAACCUGCUGGGCACAGCUGGAACUGGUGCCAAACUUACAGGCUCUGCAAGAAGAAAAAUGUGUUUGACAAGCUGCGUAAGUUUCUUCCAUAUGUUUAAGUUAGGCUUUGUGGUCUGUGUGUGUUUUUACAAAAUCCAUUGCCCUGGGGGACGCCAUGUUUCUGUUGUAAGCGAAUGACAUCCUGGGGAGAUCUUAUUCAGCCAUAAGCUCAAAGGUUUAAUUGGCAACUCAAUUUUUAAUUGAUAAAUGCCUAACAACAACUUUUCUCUCUCAAUAUUACUGGUCCUUCAUCCUAAGAUCCCAGGGUAGGCUGCAACAACUUAAAAUACAUUAAAAACAAAUUUAAAACAAAUUCAAAAUCAAUAUCGUUUUACUAAUAAAAUUUCCUUUUAUUGAUAUUUAUUGUGAGAUGUCUCUGAUUUAUCUACUGUAAUAUAAGAAGCCCACUCCUCUUUUAAGAGUAUUUUCCCCUCAGUGUGAAGAUAUAAAGCAGGACUAGGCAAACUCGGCCCGCUAGAUGUUUUGGGACUACAAUUCCCAUCAUCCCUGACCACUGGUCCUGUUAGCUAGGGAUGAUGGGAGUUGUAGUCCCAAAAACAUCUGUAGGGCCAAAUUUGCCUAUGCCUGAUGUAAAAAAUAGAUUUCAGAUCUGCAUAAGGAGAACCCUUAACAAACUACAUUUCCCAGCAUUCUUUGUGGAAGAAACUGUGACUGUUUAAAGUGGUAUGAGAUUGUUUAAAAUCUAUUGUGUGGAUGGGACCAUUAUCACAGUUCAAUGACACAUUCCAGCAAGGUAAAAACACCCAAGGAGGCUGCUUAGGGGCAUGCCCUGGGAAAAGUGUCAAGUGACCUAGAGGGCCAGCAUUCGGCUUGUGGGAUUGAUGUUGUUAUAGUCCGAAACUUCUACAGAGAACCAGUUAUAUAUACAUUUAAUUCAGGCAUAGGCAAACUCGGCCCUCCAGAUGUAUUGAGACGACAACUCCCAUCAUCCCUAGAUAACAACACCAGUGGUCGGGGAUGAUGGGACUUGUAGUCCCAAAACAUCUGGAGGGCCAAGUUUGCCUAUGCUUGAUUUAAUUUAUAUACCGCCAUUCACCUGUAGAUCUUAGGGCAGUUCAAUGGUGGAAGGCUGGUAUAGCCAAUGGCGAGAAAAACUAAAAUUCUAAGUUGUUUUUAUUACAUUUAUAUCUCCUCCAAGGAGCUCAAGUUUAUCCUGACAACAACCCUUUGAGGUAGGUUAGGCUGAGAGACUGUGACUGGCCCAAGGUCACCCUAGUGAGUUUCGUGGCUGAUUUGAACCCUGGGCACCUAGUCCACCGUGCCAAACAGACGAAGUGCCAAUAUUGGGGUAGGGGAAGACAGCUGUCGAAGCCUGCAAACGGAGAGAAUUUCUUUUCUAGAUGGCUGCAUCUGAUCCUUUGAAUUUGACUGGUGAGCAGACAUACAUCCCCUCAUCAUCCUCUCUGUCUAUAUACCCUGCUCUGCCUUGAGAAAAUAGCAUGUUAAAAUUGUCUCCUUAGAACUCCCACGCUCACUGCCUUAAGCUGCCUUUUGUGUGCCGGCGUGAAAUGAUUUGACCUACUCUUGGAAGCCAUUGAUUAUCUGUCAGGGCCAGGAUCUUCUCAACGGGAGCUUUUGCAUGAAACAUUUCUAUUACUAACUGGGAACAUGAGGGAGUGGGGCUCGUGGCUCCGUCCAGAUAGAGGGCAAAUCACAAGUCUGAAACUCAAGACAUCAGAUCAUGAAUGUUCUGAGGCUGAGGGGGACUGCUGGGCACCCAGUGCAGAAUGAUCAAGGGGAUGGGCAGCUCUCUCGUGAGGAAAGGUUGUGACAUUUGGGGCUGCUUUUUUUUAAAAAAAAAAUGCUAUUCACAAUAAAGCAGUGAAAUGAAAGAUAAGAUAUCAGAAAAAAGAAGAAAAGAACAAAGAAAGAAUAAAGAAGUAAAAGAAAAAGAUCAUAUGUGAAAAUUUUUUAAAGUAGAUAAAUACUCACAGUACAUAGCCGUUUCUCAUCUAUAUUUAUUUGUAUUGUAUAAUUGUAUAAUUUCAUCUUGUCCUUAUCUACCUUAAAUAAAUUGGUUUUUUUUGGGGGGGGGAAGACUUCCACCAUUUACCUCACGCGUUUUUAAUAAUCCGUUCAUCAGAACCUCUGUUCUUCUUAUUUUCCCUUUGGAUUUCCUUAAUGUCUCACUUUGUAUUUUUUAUAUUACGCACAAGAUUAUUCUAAACACAACCAGAUUUUUGUAGUCGAGCCCUGGUUUUGUAAAUAAUCAUUUAAAAACUCCCAUUGCUUCAUAACCAUAGUUUUGGAUUUUCUCCUUAGUAUAUCCAUCAAUUUUGCUAAUUCCAGGUACUCGCAAAGUUUCCCCAACCAUUCUCUUUUUCUUAAGAAGCCACAACAACAACAAAAAGAGAAAAGGUGAAUAAGAGGGGACGUGACAGAGGUGUAUAAAAUUAUGCACAGGGCUUUUCUCCCUUUUAUAAUGCUGGAACUCAUGGAAAUCCAAGGAAACUGAAUGUUGGAAGAUUCAGGACAAAAUAAAGUACAGUGGUACCUCAGUUUUCGAACAUAAUCCAUUCCGGAACACUGUUUGAGUUCUGAAACGUUCGAAAACUCAAUAGCCAACAGCUUGGCCCCAGGAUCCUGCACUCAGCAGAAGCCAUGUGGCAUGUUUGACUUGCAAGGCUUGCUCGAAAACCAAAUCAUUUACUACUGGGUUUAUGACGGAGUUCGUCAAUGGAGACGUUCAAAAAUUGGGUCCUCAAAGAGGGCACAUAUUGCAGUGAGACCUGGAAAACCGACACCCUAUAUUGUGGGUGGGUACAAUUGGUCAACCACAAUACCCGAUUGGCAGGUCCCUUGAAGCUGGGUGCAAUCUGGGCAAUGGGACGCAGUCUAAACAGUUUGAGGAACCUAUUUAUGCCCAUGCACGUGACCCAGAUCUUCCUCUUUCAGUGUGUGCAUUCGGAACACCUGCCCACUUCUCCCUACUUUUAGGGGGGUUUGCGCUUGACCUUGCUAUGCCAUCAUGUGUCGUCUGUCGUUGGGACAGGGGCAUGGCAGGAAUUUUCCCCACUUGGCUGUAUGGCUGUUGCCAUUUGGGUUUUGCCUGCUGCAUAGCAAAUCGUCACAACUUGUAAGGUUGCGGAUAGGCUCUGGUUCAGGUGAUAGGAUGGGAGAACGCUCUCGCCAUCCUUAUGUGAAGGGUAUUCUGUUAAAGGAAUCCAGGGACUCGAUGAUUUGGUCAACCCCUAAGAGGGGGUUGUGCCCAUGCCUGAGUCCAGGGGGAUAUUUGGGUGGUGGAGUUAGCCCGUUCCCGGCUUUCCGCUUAUCCAGGUGUUCACCCUUGGCUGACCUAUGCUGGUGCCCUGGGUCAGCGCUACCUGCAUGGCAGGGAGCUAGUCAAACCAGAGCCUAUGCAACCAGUCACUUUCUGUAAUCAAUAAAGUUGUGGCCUAAAUUCUGCCAAAAACCAAAACCAAAAUUUGAGUCAUCUGUGAAUUUAUUUAGGGAGGAGGUUUCUGGGUCUGAACACGCAAACCGAGGUACUGCUGUACUUCAGAGAGUUCAGUAGCAAUGACUACCAACUUGGAUGGCUCUACAAAAGGAUUAGGCAAAUUCAUGGGGCAUAAGCCUGUCAAUGGCUAUUAGUCAUUAUGGCUAUGUUGUUACUUCAUUAUCAGAGGCAAAAUGUCUCUGAAUGCCAAUUGCUGGGAAUCCCAGGUAGGCAGAGAGCAGUUAGCAUCAGGUCCUCUUGCCGUGAUGUAGAACACUGUGGCCCUCCAGAUGUUAUUAGACUCAACUUGAACCUACCCAGACCCUCAGAUCAUCUUCUGAGGCUCUCCUUUAUGUGCCUUCCCCUCAAGAGGUCCGGAGGGUGGCAACACAAGAACAGGGCCUUCUCUGCAGUGGCUCCCCAUCUGUGGAAUGCUCUCCCCAGGGAAGUUCACCUGGCAGCUUCAUUAUAUACCUUUAGGCGCCAGGCAGAAAUGUUCCUUUUCAACCAGGCCUUUGGUUGACCUGAUUGACAUCCUUUGGCUCUUUUUUUUGGGGGGGGGGGUGGCAUGUUACUGGGUUAUUGUUCUUAUUUUGAUUUUAUAUAUUGUGAUCUUUUCUGUGAACCGCCCUGAGACCUCCGGGUAUAGGGCGGUAUAUAAAUUCCAUAAAUGAAUAAAGUAAACUCCCAUCAGUUCCAGCCAGCAUUGUCAAUGGUUUAGGGACAAAGAGAGAUGUAGUCCAACACCAUCUGGAGGGCCACAGUUCCCCGUCCCUAGUUUAAGGUCAGUGAUGGAACAGCCAGGAAAAUGAAAUGGUUCUACACACUGCUGUAGAGAAGAUGAAUGGAAGAGGCCUUACUUUGCCUGUUAUGUGGCCCAUUAGCAGUCUCCAAAGCAAGUGAAAUAAAAAAAUUCAAGGUCAUUCAUAUAUAUAUAUAUAUAUAUAUAUAUAUAUAUAUAUAUAUACACAUACACACACACACACACACACACAUUGGUACCUCGGGUUAAGUACUUAAUUCGUUCUGGAGGUCUGUUCUUAACCUGAAACUGUUCUUAACCUGAAGCACCACUUUAGCUAAUGGGGCCUCCCGCUGUCGCUGCGCCGCCGGAGCACGAUUUCUGUUCUCAUCCUGAAGCAAAGUUAUUCACCCGAGGUAAUAUUUCUGGGUUAGCGGAGUCUGUAACCUGAAGCGUAUGUAACCCGAGGUACCACUGUAUAUAUGAUAAAUGUUCAUAACUGCAUAUAUAAACCACAUGACUGAAACCCUACAGAAAAAUUCCUGAAACUAUUUUGUCCCUCCCAAAUUGACCUCAAAUAUUUCUCUGCAAGGUUGAAGGAAAAUGGAAAAGCCUCCCCAUUGUCUUUUCAUUCACAAAUCCAGUCUUAAGGGUAUAUCUGUAUAUGAAUAGGGUGAGCCUGUGACCUGGCUCAGGAACUAAGUAUUUGUCAUUACAAAAGUCUGGUCAGGCCAUAGUUGUCAACCUUCCCUUUUUUGCAGGAAAUUCCCUUAUUCCAGCGCCGUUUCCCGCUGCUUCCCUUUGCUAUCCCAGAUUGUUAGAUAUCCCGUAGACUGUCCCCGGGACAGGUGAGGCUGCUGAUCCCUUAUUUUCAAAUCUGAAAGUUGACAGCUAUGGGCCAGGCUCCCCAGGGUAUCCAAUCAAGUGACCAUUAACAGGUAAUUUGCCAGACAGGAGAUAAAUAACGCACUCAGAUUUCUGUUGUAGACCGCCUUUUCUGUGAUGUAGAUAUGUUUGUGGGGGGUGGUCUUGGGUUACACCCCUUCUGUGAUGUAUGUAUGAUGUAUGGAGGGGUGGUCUUGAGCUCCAGGGCAGGGAAUUUAUUGUGAAGUGGCCUGUGAGAAUAUAAAUCGAGAGGGA